AUGGCGCAUUGCGGAAACUGUCAAAGGGAUACAGAGCGCGAGGGCUGGCAAGCUCCUCGGCGAGCCGAUCACUGCAAUCAUCUCCAUGCUGGAGGGGACGACCAUCUCCACAGAUGUCACUCGAGGUACUCAGUGGAAGCAUCAUUGGAACACCCUUGUUUUUUCUCACCUGUGAUCGGAUCUGAUGGAGCGGUCGCACUGUUUCUGCAACACGACAUCCUGGUUCAGAUCCAUCCGACUGGCUCGAUACGGCUGAUCAAUCGACGCAACCGAGCCGUGGUGGGAAUGUCGAGUCCUGCCUUCGGAGGAACCUUGUACAUUGAGCAUCCCUGCGUUGCAAAGAUGGAAUAUUGCACUGGGGUCGUUUCCUUGGCUUUGGAGAAGAUUCUCCCAACCGAUGUUUUUGCUAAGAUAACCAAAAGAGGGUGUUUGUUCACGAUGAUCAACCAUGGUUUGGUCUAUUUGGUGGACAAUUCUGGCGUGAAAUCCACCACGGAGUCGUUCGUGAUUCUCAGUGACGAUCUUCCGAAGAGAUAUUUUUACAACGGUUCUAGUAAACCCACUGAAACUGAUUUCCUAGAAUGCGAAGCAUUGAUAUCGUCCUGUCGUAACUAUACAACCAAUGUUGGAACAGUCGUUUGGAUUGUCGAUCAAAUCCGAAUCAAGCAGAGUACGGAUGGAACCGUCAAUGUUCAUGGUACGCUCGGAGAUACGCGGAUUUGCCUCACAACAUCGCCGUCGGAAGACGUCGGCCUCAAGUUCGGAGAUGAUCUUCGCGUCAGCAUGAGAUGCCCGGUCACAGGGGCGAGCCCGAUGGAUUCUUCUCUCAAGUAUCUGGAUCUGACGCGGGGCCGAGUUCGACUCACGGCUGAUCGACGCGGAUUCCAUGCUCGGAACGGAUCUCACGCCGCUGGUUUCGAUACCGCGAUGAAGUUCAAGCUCGAAUGAAUAAUGAUCCA